AUGCGGCUCUUGCGGCUCAGCGUAUGCAUCUCGCUGCUGUCAGCUCUAGCACAGCUUGCGCACAGUUACGAGUUCUCCAGUGUCAAGCGUACAACAAAGCCGUCAAUUGCUGAUCCCGAGCCCAACACCAGCACGGGUCUUUCCACCACCGAAGAGAGUCGAAUCUAUGGAGGUUCCGAGGCGGACGUGCGCCAGCAUCCAUACAGUGCAAGCCUGCGUUUCGACCCCCACGGGAAAACGUUUUGCGGUGGUACGCUGGUUGCAACUCAGUACAUUCUCACGGCUGGACACUGCAUCAAGACAGACAAGGGGCAAGUAUACGCUUCUCUCGGGUCCGAGUUUGGGUCAGGCGCGGGGUCUCGUUCCAGCGAGGUGAUCAAAGUGACCCAGGGGUUCCAGCACCACCUGUACGACGUGGGUCUGCUCAAGCUGAAGAAGCCCGUGAAGCGCAAAAUGGCCAAGCUCUGUGCUGCCGACGGCUCCGAUAACAAGGUCGGCACUAUGGGCACCGUCCUUGGCUGGGGGAAGACGGAGACUAGCGGCGAGCUGGGCAGUCCCAUCCUGAGGCAGCUCACUGUCCCCGUCAUCUCGAAUGCGGAGUGCGCCAAGUUUAAGAAGUACGUUGGCCGCGUCACGGAUGGCAUGCUGUGUGCCGGAACUGGCAACACGUGCAACGGCGACUCGGGCGGCCCACUCAUCGUUGACGACGACAUCAUUAUUGGCUGCGUGAGCUGGGGCAGCAAGUGCGGUGAGCAGGCCGGCAUCUACACCCGCCUGACGUACGUCAUGGACUACAUC